AUGGACUCGACGGCGCCGCUCGCGUAUCUACUCUCGUUUCUGCUCCUUCUUCUGCUUCCACCGCACGCCACAGCCUUCUACGUGCCUGGAUACUCUAUACAAACAUACCAGGACGGCCAGCGCAUCCCCGUCCUCGUCAACAAAAUCUUCUCAGACAAUUCACAGCUUCAAUAUGCCUACUCAGACCUGCCCUUCGCCUGUCCGUCGACCGCAAAGGCCGGCAGCGGCGGCCACAGCAUCCCGCUCAACCUGGGCGAAGUGCUGCGCGGAGACCGCAUCAGCCUGUCCGACUUCGAGCUCGAGAUGGGACAGAACGUCGCCUGCAAACCGCUCUGCACGCGCGAGAUCGGGCGCAGACAGGUAAACUGGGCGAAGAGCUUGAUAUCCGACGGGUUCGUGGCCGAGUGGAUAGUGGAUAACCUGCCCGGCGCAACCAGCUUCAUCACUGUCGACAAAACUCAAAAGUACUAUACCACCGGCUUCAAGCUGGGCUACCAGGCCGUCUCAUCAGCCAGCAGGAGGCCUACGCAUUACAUCCACAACCAUUUCACCUUUGUUAUCCGGUGGAGAGACGCGCCGCGUGGUGGUGACGGUGACGGGCGGAAGGUCAUCGUCGGCUUUGAGAUAUACCCCAAGAGCAUCAGCCGCGAGGGCAGGAAGCAGGACGGAUGUCCCGGCGAUGUGCAUACCGUGCAUCAUGGGUUCGAGCUGCAUCUGCAACCAAACAACACGCGGCUGGCACAGCAGUACCCGGGUGCGUCUUAUCUACCGGAGAACGACGAGGUCGACGACGGUGCUAAGCUUUCUAUCCCUUACACCUACUCUGUCUUCUUCAAGCGAGAGGACAAGGUAGAGUGGGCUAACAGAUGGGAUCUAUACCUCUACAGCCAACAGGACGGCACCACUACCCAUUGGCUCUCCCUGUUGAAUUCCCUGGUGAUAUGCGGUGUCCUAAGUGCCACUGUGCUCGUCAUAUACCGUCGUACCGGCUACGGAGACUCCAAGGGUCGAACAGACGGUCUGCUCGAGGAUGGUAAAGCCAGGCUUCGGUCUCGGAAAUCCAGCGGCUCAAUUCCAGUUGUAGAGGAGAAGUCGAAGUCGUCUGGUGGACUAGUUGACGGCGGUGUGGCCUCGGAUGAUGACCUCUCGUCUGACGAUGACUUUGACGACGCCUCGUCGUGGAAGCGGCUCCACGGUGACGUCUUUCGAACGCCUGCGUAUAGCGGCCUUCUUGCUCCGUUUGUCGGAUCGGGCAUGCAGCUCCUCUUCAUGGCUACGGGCCUAUUGUCCCUGAGCUGUCUAGGUGUGCUAAACCCCAGUUUCAGGGGCGGCUUCAUCAGUGUAGGUGUUGGCCUGUUCACCUUUGCGGGUAUCUUCUCUGGAUACUUCUCUGCUCGCCUGUACAGGACUUUUGGGGGUAUGAACUGGCGGAAGAAUACCUUCAUAACUGCACUGCUAUUCCCCGGACUUGUCUUUUCCCUAAUUUUCGUGUUGAACCUGUUUGUCUGGGCUCAGGCAUCGAGCACAGCUCUUCCAUUUGGUACACUAGUCGGCCUCCUUGCUCUCUGGCUCCUCAUACAGGUCCCUCUCGUAUACGCAGGCAGCUGGUAUGGCUACGAGAGAUCUAAACCAUGGAGCCACCCUACGCGCACCAGUGCUAUUCCGCGACAGAUACCCGCUCAACCAUGGUACUCAGGAUCUCUCGGAGGAAUUCUUCUUUCUGGGUUUGCUCCAUUUGCCGUUCUGUUCGUGGAACUGGUCUUCCUGUUCCGCAACAUGUUACAGGAUAAGGGCGGAUAUUACUACGUCUUCGGAUACCUGAGCAUAGUCGGCCUUCUGACUCUUCUUUCCAUUGCCGAGGUGGCUAUCAUUACUACCUACACUCUACUAUGCGCAGAGAACCAUCGCUGGUGGUGGCACAGCUUCAUGGUUGGAGGAAGCAGCGCAGUCUGGGUCUUCAUGUACUGCAUUUGGUACUUCUGCACAAAGCUACAUAUCCACGGAUUCGUCUCAAGCCUCUUAUUCUUCAGCUACAGCUUCCUAGGCUGUGCUGUAUACGGCCUAUUAACAGGCACCGUAGGAUUCCUGGCAGCAUACAUAUUCGUACGGCGAAUUUACAGCUCUGUCAAAGCGGAUUGA